AUGGAUGGUGGCGGAGUAUUAAUAGCAGUAUCCCGUGAAAUACCUUCUAUGCGAAUGUCUAACUGGGAAACUGAUUGCGAAGACCUUUGGGUUAAUAUUGGAUACAGAAUAAAUGGCUCAUAUUCCACUCUUUCUAUCUGUGCAGUAUACUUACCGUCGCCACCCAGAUUGGAGCAACAAAGGGUUUUCGUAGAUAAUCUGGACAGUGUGCUGAACCAUAUUGAUAAUGUAAUUGUGAUGGGUGACUUUAAUCUAAAUUUUGUCGAUUGGGAGUUUAACGAUGACUGCAAUCACACAAUUCCUACUAAUUAUAAUAAUGAUUUAGGACGCUGUCUGGUGGACUGCUUGUCUAUGAAUAAUCUGUACCAAUUCAACCAUAUAAGGAAUUCGCAUGGUAGAACCCUGGAUUUAGCCUUAAGUAGUUUGCAAUGCCUAAAUGUCUCUCAACCCUUAGAUUUGUUAAGUAAACUUGAUCUGCACCAUCCCCCUAAUUGUAAUAUCAGAACUUAA